AACAACCACUUCCUCUGGUCAAGUAGGCGUUAACAGUAACAAAACGUCAUUUACGCGCGAAAAAAAGUUGUCUUUACUUUUGUGUAGUUUUGUUUUGUUCCGGUUUCAGUUGUUUUACCUGCAGAUUUCGGUUUGAGACGUUUUCUGUUGAGUUCCCAGCAGAUAUAUUAUUGUUAUACGGUCACUGUGCACGACAGCAUUGGGAUUUACACGUGAUAAUAGAGUGUAAAGGAUUUACACGUGAUUACACGUCCAAACCUUCAGGUGAGGAGGUCACUGGGGCAACACGUGGGAAAAUGAGUCGCUACUUCACAAGACUACGUGUGAGAAGAACUUACACAUGGUCCGGAAAUCCCAUAAGUGAAGACAGAAAGUUAAAGAAACUCUUCUAUGAGUGUUUGAGCGUAUCUACGGAGGGAAAAGUGGACGAUACGGUGGUUUCUGUAGGUCAGUGUAUUCUGAUUGAAGGGGAGCAUGAUGACAGCCCGUUUGUCGCAAAGCUCCUCAAGCUUUACUCUGAUGACUCGGGGAAGCAGAAGAAGGCGAUGGUGCAGUGGUUUGUGCGGAUGUGUGAAAUACCCCAGAACAAAAGGAAGCUCCUGGGGCGGGACGCUCAUCCACAAGAAAUCUUUUAUUACCAGGAUCGCUCGUGUGAUAACGAGGUGGACGCUGAGACCAUCCUAGGAACAGUCCAGGUUCGACACCUUCCUGCCGAAGCUCCUUUCCCAGACGAUAAGAGCAAAAACACUCUGUUUGUUAAACUUCAGUGGGACACGAAGAACUUUCAAGUCCUGGAUCCUGAGUUGAUGAAACCUCCUCAAAGCCCAAAAUCUCCCCCACCGGCCCGGCAUGCACCACGACUCCGUGCUCUCCCCACCCCGGACCCCGGCGUGAUAAAGCGGGCCAUGUCCGGCGUGAACACCCGCGGGAGCAUGAGCACCGGUAAGAUGGGUUCCACCGGGGCCGAGUCGGCUCACUCCGCCUCCAAACUGUCCGCCGCCAAACUGCUGAACGUGAAGAGAAGAGGCCGAGUCUCCUCCAACCCGAACAUCCGCAAGAAGCUCGACCUGUGCAGUCCGACGAAGAAACUAAGCAGAGACGAUGCCCUCGGGGAGACGUCGGACGACGACCAGGAGACGGAGGAAGUUCUGGCCAGCAAACUCGCCGCUUCUCCACCUCGUCGUAUCUCCAUCUCCAUCCGUCUGACCCCGCUCCCUAAAAUCAUCUCAAGAAAGACUUCAACUGAGAGGGAGAAUCUGUCCAUCCGUCCUCUUCAGAGCCCCGAACAACCCGAUCACUCUGCUUGUGACGACACGUCCACCAGGGACUUGCUUGGAGUCGAGCCUCUGGAAGACGACGUGUUCGAGGCCGAAGCACUUAUCGGUAAUGGCAGGACUCCUCGUAGGAGAGAGGCCACUCCCAGGAGAGCAGGUCUGAGGGGGAACAACUCGAGAACUCCGUCUAGGAAGAGAGAGUCGGCUUCAGGCCGAGAGCCUGCGCUUGCUGUGCUGGCUGAAGAAGAGCACGAAGACUCACCUGAACAGACUACUGCCACUCCACGGUCCAAGAGGAAAUCCGCUCAGCUCGUGUCCUCUCUCAUUCGAAAGCAGCUCCGUGAUGAGCUGCAGUCUGACGGGGAAGACGCAGAUGACGACGGCUGCUUCAUGCCUUCGAAGCUCGACCUGGAGAGCAGCAGCGAAGAGGAAGAGGAAACGAAAAUGGACAGUGAAGACGAGCUCGUAGUGAAGAGGACUAGGCGGUCGGCGGGUCCAAGAACGCCGUCUACCGAAAAGACUCGGGCUUCAGCGAGAACCCCUCGCAAAACUCCGAACAAGAAGUCUGCUCCUCACACUCCCCGAACGCCUCGGCACGCCACUCCCAGCAUUCCUAGCAGAAGCCUGCCGGCCAGGAAGCCUGGAAACGUAUUGGAGGAAGCGAGGGCAAGGCUGCAUGUAUCUUCAGUCCCCGAGUCUCUGCCAUGUCGAGAGCAGGAGUUCCAAGAUAUCUACAACUUUGUGGAAAGCAAGAUCAUGGACGGCACUGGAGGGUGUAUGUAUAUCUCAGGUGUUCCUGGCACAGGGAAAACUGCCACAGUGCAUGAGGUGAUCAGGUCUCUGCAGCAGGCAGCAGAGCAGGAGGAGAUCCCACCGUUUCACUUCAUAGAGAUCAACGGCAUGAAGAUGACCGACCCACACCAGGCCUACGUCCAGAUUCUUCAGAAACUAACAGAUCAGAAAGCGACACCAGAUCAUGCUGCUGCCUUGCUGGAGAAACGCUUCAGUACGCCAGCACCAAAGAAAGAGACCACAGUGCUGCUGGUGGAUGAGCUGGAUCUUUUAUGGACCAGGAAGCAGAAUGUCAUGUAUAAUAUAUUUGACUGGCCAACGAGACGGCAUGCACGCUUGGUGGUCCUGACCAUUGCUAACACUAUGGACCUGCCUGAGAGGAUCAUGAUCAACCGUGUGGCCAGUCGCCUGGGUCUUACGCGCAUGUCCUUCCAACCGUACACUUUUAAGCAACUGCAGCAAAUCAUCACAUCUCGACUAAACAGAGUAAAAGCUUUUGAGGAAGACGCUCUACAGCUGGUCUCCAGAAAGGUUGCAGCUCUGUCAGGUGAUGCACGUCGCUGUCUGGAUAUCUGCAGACGUGCCACUGAGAUCUGUGAGCACGCCAAUCAGAAGGGUGCAGUCGGGUUGGUUGGAAUGAGUCAUGUGAUGGAAGCCUUGGACGAAAUGUUCUCUUCAUCCUACGUCACAGCUAUCAGGUGUUCCUCACUGCAGGAGCAGCUCUUCUUGCGGGCAGUGAUUGCAGAGUUUCGCAGGUUAGGUCUUGAAGAGGCCACUUUUCAGCAGGUGUUUGUACAGCACCAGGCCUUGUGUCGGGUAGAAGGGCUGCAGCCGGCGAGCGUGUCCGAGAGCCUGGCUGUGUGUCAGAGGUUAGGAGCUUGUCGUCUGCUCCUGCUCGAGCCCAGCCGUCUGGAUCUUCUCCUUCGUGUUCGCCUAAAUCUCAGCCAGGAUGAUGUGUUGUAUGCAUUGAAGGGAGAUUGAGGUGUGAGUGAGGGACAAGACUCACUUACACUUACACACACACUGUGAGACUGACAUUAUUUCAGAAGCUUCAUAUUAAAACCUCAGUGAAGCUGAAAUGGAGUUUAUAUAUUGUUGGAUUUACACCAUCAGAUGAACACCGCCGACUCUAGGUAGUGACAUCGUGCACUUACAAAUUGGGCUUUUCAGUCAGAUAAUUCACUAAUGCAUUGGUGCGGAGCAUGAAAUAGACAAGCGAAGAGAAAAUGUGUUUUUAACAUUGGAGAGCAAGCCUCCCCAUUCUGUACUCACUGCUUAUUGUCCAGGUCUGUCUCAAAGUGUGUGUGGGAUGAAUGUUGUAGCUCGGUCAUGAGCCAAAUAAUUUUAUAAUGUUUAUGUUUUUACUUUUAAUAUCAUUGAACUACAAAAUAAAAUGAAUUACUAUUAAAUAAAUAUUGAAAAUCA